CUCCGUCUUGUACGAUGCACAAGGUUUUGUUAUUUUCAGUAAAUUGAGAAGAAAAUACUUUAUAUGUGAGGCUGGGAUCUGUAUUUUCGAUAUUCUGGAUAUCCGAUGUCAGAAGUUCUACAAGAAAGAUAAUAGUAAUUUUAUUAACCUGAGUGACUAUGGAAGGAGAUGAAAUGGAGAUGACCAGAGAGGAGCUCCAGAGGUUGAUCUCUGAACAGAUAAAUGACAGCGAUUUGGUCUCCCAAGAUUUAUUAAAUAAAUAUCACCUGCUGCAGACACUUUUGGCAAAGAAGGAGAAACAAGCAGCCAGCAUCCUAAAGCUCUGUGAGUCUGUUGCAAAAUACGAAGCAAUUGUGAAGAAACAGUAUGCCAUGCUGGGGUGGGACUACAGAGAUACGGAUUCGGAGGAAGAUGAAGAUAUCACAGAUAAUGGAAAUGCACCAGAAUCCUCAUGUGAGAACCUGAAUGAAGACCAGAGUGAAAAACAGAUUCACUAUGUAAAACGACCAGUCGUGGUUUUGAUGAGACUUCCUGAGCAUAAGAUCAGAAUUUUAUGUGGCCUAUCACCAGAGAAAACAAAGAGUGAAGAUGAGUUGUCAAGCAUUUCAUGUGAUUCUGAUAGAGUUUGGGAACCAGAAGAGCAAGACUUAAGUGAUGCUGAUUUUUCAGAUGCAGUUUCAGAAAACUUUGCUUUACAUUAUUCUUCCUCGGAUUCUGAGAAUGGAGGAACAAAGAGGAAAAAAAGCUAUAAAAUGAAAAGAAAAGGCGCUAAGACAAUUGCAGCAGCAUCCCCAAUGCCAUCAGAAAGAUCCUCAACACCACCAACAAGAUCCUCAACGCCGUCAGAAAAAUCCUCAGUGCAACCAACAAGAUCCCCAACACCACCAACAAGAUCCUCAACGCCGUCAGCAAAAUCUUCAGUGCCAGCAGCAAGAGCCCCAACACCACCAACAGGAUCCUCAAUGCUGUCAGCAAAAUCCUCAGCACCAUCAACAAAAUCAACGCCAUCAGCCAAAUCCUCAGCGCCACCAACAAAAUCAUCAACGCCAUCAGCAAAAUCCUCAGCGCCACCAACAAAAUCAUCAACGCUAUCAGCAAAAUCCUCAGCGCCACCAACAAAAUCAUCAACGCUAUCAGCAAAAUCCUCAGCGCCACCAACAAAAUCAUCAACGCUAUCAGCAAAAUCCUCAGCGCCACCAACAAAAUCAUCAACGCUAUCAGCAAAAUCCUCAGCGCCACCAACAAAAUCAACACCAUCAGCGAAAGUGAAAUCCUCAGCGCCACCAACAAAAUCAUCAACGCUAUCAGCAAAAUCCUCAGUGCCACCAACAAAAUCCUCAGCACCAUCAGCAAAAUCCUCAGCGCCACCGACAACAUCCUCAACGCCAACAGCAGAAUCCUCAACGCCAGUGACAGAAACCUCAACUCAAAAAGCAAGUUCAAAGCCCAACAUUCCGGAAGGAAGGAAAACACUGAAUGUGCCAUCAGGGAACAAGAGUACUGAAUCGGCUCCCUCCCAUGAUCGCCCCGCCAAGGCUCCUGCUGUACUUCCAGAAGUCACUGAGGGCAUGUCUGUAGUGGCCAGGAAGAAAGCAAUGCGAUGGUACCGUGGGAAAAUCACAGAAAUUAUUAAAAAGGAAAGUGGUAGUGUGAAAUACAAGGUUGUUUUUGAAAAUGAUCUGGGAAAGGUCCUUGUGUCUGGUCACCAUAUUGCCUUUGACCUGAUGAACAGACUGGAUCAACUACAGGACCUGUCGCGUGUACUGGUUAGACACCCUGAGGAGCCCUGGUUCUGUCCUGGUGUCUUAGCAGAGCGCCCAGGAAGGAGAAACCGCAUGAGGUUCCUGGUUUUUUUGGAUGAUCACACACCAAUCUAUGUUAGUUUGCCUUUAAUUCGGCUGGUGUGCAAACCAUUGCCAAAUCCAUGGGAUGACAUUCCAGAAGGAAUGCAUAGAAACUUCAUUGAACAGCACACAAAGUGGUUGCCCAACCCUCCUCUGACCCAGUGUGUUAUGGGACAGACAAUGAAGGCAAUGUUCAAAGACGCCCUGCAGAAAUGUAGUGUUUUACAGAUCGACUUUAACCUGAUAGAAGUGCUUUUUACGGAAGAUCAACAUAAAGAGUGGAUCUACCGAGGCUCUCCACGCUUGGAACACAUAAUUAAUAUGACAAAGUAUUUGGAGUCAAAUGACUCAAAAACAAGUCAGAAAAAAUAACAUGUACCUCUCUUAAAGAAUCCUGCACAAUGAUGGAACCACAGAGAUAAUGGAAGUAACUUGGCUGUUUUGGAAGAUCCUAAAAGAUGUUGAUGAAGAGAUGAAACCGCCAUUAGUGUUAGCUGUGAUGAAAGAGUUCCCUAAAUACACAGCCUCUUAGCAACCCACAUAUAUAAUUUUAACAAUUUUGUGUCAAGAUUAUUGUGAAUUGCAUUUUGUUUUUAGUGCAUAGCCUAUGAGUAUAACAUCACUUGCA